UAUGAUUCAACAAAUAGGUCGUGUAGGUCGUCUCAAACCAGGAAAAGCUUUUUUAACCACACAACAACUUGAAGAAUUAGUCCCCUCUAAAGACAUCGUUUAUCACAUAAUCAACGCAAUAAUAGCACCAGCUAAAGAACUACCAAUGAAACAUUUAAAUGAUAAAGGUUAUAAAUUUACCGGUGAUAAAGAUGAUCAUGAUUAUCAAAAUCUGUUAUGGUCUUCUAUCGCCUUUACAACCAAACAAAAUCGUCCUGUAGAAGCUGUGAUGAUAGGUAUGGUAGGUAAACCUAAAGGAUCAAAAUCAUCAAGAAAAAUAUGUCCUACUUUUGAUAAUGAUCCAAAACCAGACUUAGCAGAUAAAA